CACGUUUUUGUAAUAGUAAGAAUGUAUAAAAGAGAUAUCCUUAUAAACCCAGAUGCAGAAUUUUUAGAAUAAAUGUAUCAUUAAACAUAAAAACUUAAACGAAGAAGGUUCGUUUUAGUGGCGUUACAUAUAUAAAGUUUUGUAUAUAAAACACAAUGGCUCGCAACCGAGGUGCCAGAAAGAAUAUAUCUAAAAAAUUUGUGCCUGGAGGAAUAUAUAAUGGUUCAGCCAACAAUGGUAACAAUAGACAAGAACCAGUGCAGUCGCCAGCUUAUCAGCAACCACAAUAUCUGGUGCAGGAGCAAUUUCAAUCUCAACUUGUCUUCCAAGAACCUACGGCGGUAGCUAUGAACCAAGAGGCUGUGAAUAAUCAAAACUUCAAAGAAGACGGGCCAGUUGAUGAAUUAAUGUCGGACGCUGCUGAAAAUGAUGACGACGCAUCUUCUUUUAACGAAAAUGGAAAACUGAAGUUUUUCUCAACUAGGAAGAAGUUUUCAGUUCGAGCAAAGGUGCAGAAAAUAAAUCAAAAUCGCCGUUUGCGCAAAGCUAUUAUACCAAAAAAUGCUAUAACGACUUUAAAUGAAGUAAAAGGCAUUAAAAUAAACCAUUUUACUAUUAACAACAGUAUUAACGGUGGGUUCAUAGCGAUUGUAACUGUUAACGAGCGCAAGUAUGAGGCCAAGGGUAAUUCAAAAACUGCUGCUAAAAAUAAUGCUUGCGAGAAGGCCUUACGUGACUUUGUUCUUACUAAAAUGGAUAAAAAGCCUAAAUCCAAAAACCAAAAAGUUCCAAGUGAGGAUGUUAAUAUGGACACUACAAAUGACUCAGAUGGAGCAGAUUCACAAGAUCCCCAUGAUGAUGACUUACCUAUGAUUAAUUUAGCAUCAUUUGCCAUUCAUAAACUUUUCUCAGAGUGGGAGAGUCAGGGUUAUUUUGUACCUGAACUUAAUCCUUCAGCAAAUGGUAAUCUAGAUCAUGUUACAACCAAUCCAAAGGAACCGAAGAAAGCUCCAAUUCGUAAUGAUCUACCACUGAAUUGGGAAACAAUGCACCCAACUACUCUGCUUUGCAUGAUGCGUCCGAGUUUGGGUUAUAAUUAUGAUGGAUUCAUUGGCGAAAAAGACAACGUUAUGCAGCAAGUAAGUGUGAUACUUGAUGAACAGGUGUUUACAUCAACUGGCCGGUCUAAAAAAGUUGCACGUAGAAAUGUUGCUGCAAAAAUUUGCAACAAAUUGUUCAACACUAAUUUUACAACUGAAGAAGAGAAGAAUACACUAUUUAAUUAACUAUAUAAUAUUUUAAUUUUUAUUAAAAAUAAGAAUGUACUUAACGGAAAAAAAACAGUCAAACAGACAUUU